UAAUUGUAUACUAAACGUAAAUGUUCUCUUUCAGAGAAUAAUGAUAAUUUAAAUCUCCAAGAAUAAAUCUUAGAUCUAGUUAUCAGCGCUUCAGUGUGACCGGUUCUGCACUUGAGAUUGCUCGGCUCGGUUGAUAAUAAAAUACAGCUGAAAUGUCUGGUAGUAUCAGUAGAUCUGUUUCUCUUCUGUCUCCAGAGGAUGGAGUUGGUUUAGCUGGUGGCCUGCCGGCAUCCAAUCCCAGGGGAGAUUCAGGAUUCGUUAAUCCAGCCAACUCUCCUUCUCCUCUUCAACACUUCGUUCAGGCGAAGAAGAAGAUCAAUGAGGUGUUCCGUGAGAUGGAACAGUAUAUCCAUGAGACAGAGAGGUUCCUUGACACUGUUCCUGAGGAUAUCCUGGAACCUGAUGUUCUCAAGAAAGCUCUAGAAUUCAGUGGAAAAGUGAACGGCAUCAGGGAAGUUUUAGAACGAGAUCACAUGAAGGUUGCAUUCUUUGGACGUACGAGUAAUGGAAAGAGUACCGCUAUUAAUUCUUUACUCGGAGAGAAAAUUCUUCCUACGGGCAUAGGACAUACCACCAGCUGCUUUCUCCAGGUUGAAGGAUCACAGACUGGGGAAGCAUACCUCACUACAGAGGGAUCAGGUGAACACAAGAGCCUAACCUCUCUCUCACAGCUCGGGAACGCGCUCAGUACAGAAACCCUGGAGCACAAUAGCCAGGUUCGAAUCCACUGGCCGGUUGAGAAAUGUCGACUCCUCGGAGAGGAGGUCGUCAUCAUCGACAGUCCAGGCAUUGAUGUCGAAGCUGACCUCGACAAUUGGAUCGACAGGUUCUGUCUGGACAGCGACGUGUUUGUCCUGGUCUCAAACGGGGAGUCCACCAUCAUGAACACGGAGAAAAGGUUUUUUCACAAAGUGAGUGAAAGAUUGUCGAAUCCAAAUCUGUUUAUUGUUCACAAUAGAUGGGAUUGCUCAGCUGGGGAGGAUUGCCAGGAGGAUGUGCGUAAGCAGCACACGAAUAGAGCAGUACAGUUCCUAACUCAAGAGCUGGAGAUUUGUACUAAGGAUGAGGCAGCAGACAGAAUAUUCUUUAUAUCAGCUAAAGAAGCUCUUCAGACCAGGCUUCAGAAACUGAAAUCCCAUAUUUCUGGAAAGAUUAUGAGCCUGGUGCAAGAAACCUCAAGUAAAGCAAAACAAGCGGAAGAGAUUAUGAAAAAAGAACUUCUGCACCGACUUGAUUUUACUGAAAGAGAACUUGAGUUUAUGACCCUGGAGAUGAAGGAUAAAAUCUGCGCUAUUGUUGAGGAUGUCGAGUGGAAGUCAGGUAGGUUAAUUUAUCCCUUCCAUCCUGAUCCUCUGGUUGUAAACGUUUAUAAAUCUAAACUAAACCACUAUGUAGAGUCAGGCGUUGGUUCAAACUUGAAGAGCCGACUAUCCUCCGAUCUCUCCCAGAACAUGGAGACACAGCAGAAGGAGAUGAUGGACAGAAUGACAGCUCUACUUCCACCUGAGAAACAAACGGUUUCCCGGAAUAUUCUGCCACGUCGCGAGGCAUUCGAGGUUCUUUAUCAUCUCAACUGUGAGAACCUGUGCGCAGACUUCCAGGAAGAUUUAAGUUUCCGGUUUUCUCUUGGAUUUAGUUCUGUUCUAAACCGGUUCCUGUCGAGUAAACAAACAAAGAGGACUCCCAGGAGUCCGGGGGGAAUACCUAGAGGACUCCCACUCCUUACUCCAGACACCCCAUCCAAUGAGUUCUUUGUUCCCCAGGAUGAUUGGUCUUUGUUAAGCAAACUAGCAAUAGCUUCUAUAUCCUCACAGGGUACAAUGGGUGGACUUCUUGUCGGUGGUCUUCUGUUCAAAACUGUUGGCUGGAGGGUGCUAGCUGUUACAGGCCUGGUGUAUGGUACAGUGUACGCCUAUGAGAGGAUGACCUGGACCAACCAGGCGAGGAUGAGGUUGUUUAAGAAACAGUACGUGGAACACGCCGCCAGGCAACUCAAGAGGAUAGUAGAUAUGACGAGCUCUAACUGUUCCCAUCAGGUUCAGCAGGAACUCUCAUCAACCUUUGCCAGACUCUGUCAUAUGGUAAUAAUAUAUCUAUACAUAAAAGAGAAAUUUUUCGUUACUGGAAAAUCUAAAGUUCUAAGGAAUGAAUCUUCGUUCCUUGCCAACAAGCUGGAUAUGUUCAAGAACUCGUUCCUCAACUCCAUCUAGUUCUAACAGUUCAUACUUCCAAUGAUUCUUUUGUUCCUUCGGUCUUCAACGGAGUUAAAAAAACUGUCUCGGACGGAGCUUAGAGUGACCAUCAUUGACGAUGCUUUAAGCAACAGUCUUUGACGGAGCUUAAAUCACAGUCUUUGACGGAGCUUAAAGCAACAGUUUUGACGGAGCUUAAAGCAACAGUCAUCGACAGAGCUUGAAGCAAUAGUCUUUGACGGAGCUUGAAGCAACCGUCUUUUACGUAGCCUGAAGCAAUAGUCUUUGACGGAGCUUGAAGCAACAGUCUCUGACGGAGCUUGAAGCAACAUUCUCAGACGGAGCUUGAAGCCUUAAAAUAUAGUCAUUUGAACUGUAGUCUUAACAGUAGUCACAAUUUUUCUCGCAGGAGCUUUAGAAACUAUAUAAAUAUUUAGAUAUCGAUCCUAGAGAACUGGGAUAAACUUAAAACUAUGGAACGUUUUAUGAAUUUUUUCCAUUUUUCUUUAUCCUGUCUCCUCUUGGACGCUAAUUAUCUUAUUAAAUUAGUUGUAUCUAAAUGAAUAAACUUCUUGGAAGUUUUCAAACAAUAUUUAUAUUUAACCUCUGCAAUUAUUAAUUGUAAAAGCCAUAUUUAAGCACUUGUUCAGUUUUAAAAUCAAUAAUUGUUAGUUGUUUAAAAAUGGGCGCAUGUUGAAAGUCUGCCGUCAAUCAGAUUGAUAAUAAAUUAUUUUGUUA